AUGACUAAUUAUGGAGGGCAACAGCCAUUUGCUGGGGCUAUGCAUACUCAAACAUUGGGCGUUUCAGUACUGUCAUAUGUUCCGAGUGUGCAAAAUGCCAUGACACCUGAUAAAGGUUUGGGAACAUCCCAAUCACCAGGCGGUUCAUUACCGUUAGGUGAACAGGGCAUGUCUCAAAUGCAGCAAACGCCUUCCAAAACCCAGAUGCCCAGUACAGCCAUUAACCCACAUACUCACAUACAUGUACCUCCACAAACAUUACCACCUAUGCAGUACAUGCCAUUACAACAACAGGCACCACAACAAGCACCACAAAUUCAACAACACGUGCCACAAGAACACCAACAAUUACCGCCGAUUCAGCAGGUGCCUCAAAUACAGCAACAUGUACAACAACAUUUUCAAUAUCAAAUGCCUCAGGCACCUCAAGCACAACAACAUGCUCAAGCACAACAAAUGGCACCACCCCCAUAG